GCAUCACAUCGACGCCACCGUCGGGUUACAACCGGUCACCGCCGGGAGCUGUCCGCGAGCCUCCCACCUGCUGACCGUCAUCGCUCACACACCCUGACGGGAACACGCUGACAGAUGACUGUUGCGCGGCGUUAACGUCGGCAUCCUCCAAACCUUUGACGGAACUCCCCAUUCAUCGAAAACAAGAAUAUGGCCAAAGUGAAGCAAGUGGGUUUGCUGGCAGCUGGAUGUCAACCGUGGAACAAAGAUGUGUGUGCAGCCAGUGGAGACCGCUUCGCCUACUGUGCUACUCUGGCCAUUUAUAUCUACCAGUUGGACAAGCAGUAUAAUGAAUUCAAGUUGCGGUCCAUCAUGUCGGAACACAAGAAGACCAUCACCGCCAUCAGCUGGUGCACAGACAACCCAGAUCUGUUUGCCUCAGCUUCUGCAGACAACCUGUUGAUUGUGUGGAAUGUAGCAGAGCAGAAGGCUGUUGCCAGACUGGACAACACAAAAGGAGUCCCUGCGUCGGUCAGCUGGUGUUGGAACUCUGCUGACGGGGUAGCUUUUGUUUCCCAACGUGGUCCCCUCUAUAUUUGGGUCUAUGGAGGAGCAGAACCUGCAGUCACAGUACAUAAAGAGGCCCACUCCUUCCUCUCAGAUAUUUGCCUUUUCAGAUGGCAUCCUACCAAGAAGGCUAAGCUGGUAUUUGGACACACAGAUGGAAGUUUAUCUAUUUUUCAGCCAGGGUCUAAGAGUCAGAAGCAUGUCCUCCGUCCAGAGUCAUUAGAGGGCACAGAUGAGGAGGACCCUGUCAGUGCUUUGGAAUGGGACCUCCUGUCUACAGACUAUUUGCUCGUGUCAAACCUUCAUAAUGGAAUUCGCCUGGUAGACACUGAAGCCCUGGUGUGCAUCACAUCCUUCUGCUUCCCCUCAGCCGCUGCGUCAGUCCAGUGUCUGGCCUGGGUCCCGUCAGCCCCGGGCAUGUUCAUCACAGGAGACUCACAAGUUGGAGUGUUGAGGAUAUGGAACGUGUCACGCUCUACUCCUCUCGACAGUUUAAAAGUCAAGAAAACUGGAUUUCAUGCUCUACAUGUUCUCAACACCUCCCCGAAAAAGAAAGCUUCAAGUUCUCCCAGUGGCAGCCAGUACACAAGUUCCACCAGUGAAGCAGUUCCGCCUCCUACGUUUUCAGAGAACCGCUCCUUCUCUUUGCCGCCGGGACACGCUGUGUGCUGCUUCAUGGAUGGAGGAGUGGGACUUUAUGACAUGGGCUCCAAGAAGUGGGACUUCCUACGAGAUCUGGGUCAUGUCGAGACAAUCUUUGACUGCAAGUUCAAACCUGAUGACCCUAACUUGUUAGCCACAGCGAGUUUUGAUGGAACCAUUAAAAUCUGGGACACCAACACACUUACAGCCGUGAACACAUCUCCCGGCAAUGAAGGCGUGGUUUACUCGCUAUCAUGGGCUCCAGGAGACCUGAAUUGCAUUGCCGGAGCCACAUCUCGUAAUGGAGCGUUCAUCUGGGAUGUCAGAAAAGGGAAGAUCAUAACCCGCUUUCAUGAGCAUGGUAAAAAUGGAAUCUUCUGUAUAUCAUGGAGCCACAAAGACUCCAAACGAAUUGCUACGUGUGGCGGAGAUGGCUUCUGUAUUAUCCGCACCAUUGAUGGCAAAAUCUUGCAAAAGUACAGACAUCCGGCUGCAGUUUUUGGUUGUGACUGGAGCCAGAACAACAAAGACAUGAUCGCGACAGGUUGUGAGGAUAAAAAUGUUAGGGUGUACUACCUGGCAACAAGCUCUGAACAGCCCUUGAAGGUCUUCACGGGCCACCUGGCUAAGGUUUUUCAUGUCCGCUGGUCUCCCCUCAGAGAGGGAAUUCUGUGCUCGGGAUCUGACGACGGGACUGUAAGAAUCUGGGACUACACGCAAGAUGCAUGUAUCAAUGUGCUGAGUGGCCACACGGCUCCAGUCAGAGGCCUGAUGUGGAACACAGAGGUUCCGUAUCUUCUCAUAUCAGGUUCUUGGGAUUAUACUAUUAGAGUCUGGGACACAAGAGAUGGCACAUGCCUGGACAUCGUGUUUGAUCAUGGAGCUGAUGUUUAUGGCUUAACAUGUCACCAGAGUCGACCAUUCACCAUGGCAAGCUGCAGCAGAGAUAGCACAGUCAGACUCUGGUCGCUGACACCCCUCAUCUCCCCUUUGCUGCUGAACAUCCUCACCAACCAGCCUUGGGAGAAAAUCAUCGGAAACACUGACAUUGCCAUGGUGCCAGGCUCCCCUCCUCUACUCUGUGGAAAAGUGUCCAGAGACAUCAAACAAGAGCUGGAUAAACUCAGUUCGGAUGUCACAGCCAAGAAGCUGCGCUGGUUCUCUGAGUGCUUUAUGCAUCCAGGAGGAAGUAGUAACCUGUGGGACUUGGUGUCUGUCAUUAACGGCCAGGAAGAUUCACUACUGCCAAGCAGCUACAGCAGAGGAGUGAUGCACAAGAAACACCUGCUCAAGUUUAAAACCUCUGAGGCUCAGGAGCUUACAAUAGUUAAGAUGUCUAAGUUUGGCGGCGGCAUAGGAGCACCAAGUAAAGAGGAGCGUCUGAAAGAAGCAGCGGACAUACACCUGAGACUGGGACAGAUCCAGAGAUACUGUGAAUUGAUGGUGGAGCUAGGACAGUGGGAGAAAGCGUUAUCAGUGGCACCUGCAGUUUCCAUGAAGUACUGGAGGAAGCUCAUGCAGAGACGAGCUGACCAGUUGAUGGCAGAGGACAAUGAUGACGCCAUACCGUACUGCAUUGCUACUGGGGAGAUAAAUAAGCUUGUGUCAUUCUUCACAGGCAAAGGACAACUACUGGAGGCGUUACUCAUUGCUCAGGGAGCAUGUGAAGGAAACAUCCGCUUACCUUGCAGUUUCCCUGCCAACCACACCAUCAAUGAUGAGGACAACAGACAACAAUACCAGAGUCUGCUUCACCAGGUGAACAAAGAGCUGGCAGAGUGGUACUUUCAAGAUGGCUGUUCGAUUUUGGCAGCAUGCUGUCACCUUGCAGUAGACAAUAUUCAGUUAGCUAUGUCCAGUCUGAUCCGGGGAAACGAGUUGGAGCUGGCUGCAUGUGUUGGAACCAUCCUUGGAGAACCAGUCAGUCAGAUCACUGCUUACUGCACCCAGCUGCUGGCGAGGAAAUACAUGACUGCACCUACAUGGAAUCUGUCUGCUGAUCUGCUGGCCAUGAUUCCUCAAAACCACAUUUUAUUGGCUCAACUCUGCGCAUUCUACUCUGGAAGUACAGCAGAAAUCAACCAGUUCCAUGAAAGGUGCGGCCUCCCUCCGCUUGAAGAGUGUCAUGCUCUGGCAGACAAAGCCUUGUCUGGAGGAGAUCUUAUCACCGCACUUAAAUUCUAUCUUCUGAGCCCAGAACCAGAACAAGCUCUUCAUAUAGGACUGGACCAUGUUAAAGAACAGAUGAGCGGACCCAACUGGACUGUAGAUGAUGCUCUUCCCAUCUUGGACCUGCUGAGCUACAUCAGAACUGACCGACUGGUUAUGGCCAAGAUGACCAAAGCACGCAACGAGUUGCUGAUCCUAUGUGGUUACAUCGGAGGACUUCUGGCCAUCAGACGGCAGUACUUUGGUAUUAUCCCUGCACUUUAUGAAUAUACCAGUCAGUUGUUGAAGAGGAGAGAAGCAUGUGUUCCUCUGAAGAUUGAGCAGCUGUCAGCGGAACUUGAUGCUUGGAGAUCCUGUAUGCAAAGUAACCGCAUGCCUCCAACAGAGAGUCAGAGGGAGGAGUUCACCUGCCUUGAGAGAAGAAUACAGACGAGCAGCUCUGUCAUCAGUGGUGCUGAUUAUGUGACUGGAUCCAACUUGCCGAGCCACUCGGACGCCCAGCUCUCCUGCUUCAGUGGACACAGAAUACAGGGUCCUGUGUUCCUGCUGGAGGACGGUAAAUCAGCCAUCUCAUUGAACGAUGCCCUCAUGUGGGCCAAGGUCAAUCCCUUUUCUCCACUUGGGACAGGACUCAGAAUUAAUCCCUUCUAGGAGAUGAGGUGAACUGCUGCAGAGGGGUCCUCAUGGCCCUGGAUGGCAUCAUGGCAGUGAUUUAAAACCUCAAGUUGUGUGCAAGAAUGUUGCUUAGCUUACAUUUGAGUGACGUAACCUGGGUGAGAGGUGACGGUAGGAGUGGUUCUGUCCAGAUUCAUGCAUGUAGAUACAGAGAUGUUGCAACA